AUGGCAUCUUCGGCUGACCGUAGCGCGGCGAGGCGUCACAUUGAGGAGAUAAGAGCGAGUCUGAAUGUCGACAAUCCAGACCGUCGGACUGAUGAACUAGAAAAUCUACUCAACAUUGUAGCAACACAGCUCUACCGAGAGUCAACCCAUUUUCUCCUCGAAAUCCUACAAAACGCUGAUGACAACAACUAUGAACACCCCACACCGACCCUGAAGCUCACUUGCACAGAAGAGAGCUUUCGCAUUGACUCUAAUGAAGUGGGCUUCACCGACAAAGAUGUCAAGGCAGUCUGUAGCGCUGGAGCAAGCAACAAAGCCGGUUCGUCCGAUACGACCGGUGAGAAAGGACUGGGGUUCAAGGCUGUAUUCAAAGUGGCAGACACCGUGUGGAUUGCUUCACGCGCGUAUUCCUUCAAAUUCGACAAGAAGAAAAAGCUUGGGAUGAUUGCACCAGAGUGGGCAGACGAAUUUCCCGUCAGCCUGCUUGACGGGUAUUCGACCAUAUACCUCCACCUCUGGCAAUGCAACAGGGCCGAAAUCGAGAAAGUGAUGGAGUUUGACCCGGCCCUUUUGCCCUUUCUGAGGAAAGUAGAGAGGAUAGAGCUACACAGAAAGGUCGAGCACGCCAGAACUCUCGCGCGGCGACAAGAAAGAAUUAGCGACACGCUUUAUGAUCUCAUCAUAGAAGAGGACGAUCAAGAGAUGCUGCGUUACAAGAUCAUCGAGUAUGAGAUUCCUAGCAUGCCACUUGAGACCAAGCGACCCGGGCUCUCUGAAUGUUCAGUGUCUUUGGGCUUCCCAGUCUCAGGGUUUGAAGUGGCAAAAUCACAGCCGGUAUAUGCCUUUCUACCCAUCCGAGAGUACGGAUUCACUUUUGCAAUCCAAGCAAACUUUGUCCUCAUCGCCAAUCGCGAGGAUAUCGACGCGUCGUCCGCCUGGAAUAUCAAAAUCCGUGACUUUGUCUCAGGCGCAUUUAUAAAUGCCGUGAACUAUUUCAACACGACAUCCUUCCGUUACACCUGGCCAAGAUUUCUCCCGGUCGAAACUCGAGAUUUCUUCCAACCUGUGGCAGGAGAAAUCCAGGAAAAGCUCAAAGAAAAGGAGUCCUUUGAAGGUGAGGAUGGUGAGAUGCACGAACCGCCGAGUCUUGUAUAUGUCGGGGAGUAUUACAGGCUCGACGACACCCCGCUUGUUCUAACCGACUUCACAAAACCAAGGUACCUGUCGCGCCGUUAUAAAGAUCUUCGGUCUGAGACACUAGAGCACCUUGGCAUCAAAGAAUUGGAGUAUGGCGACUUUCUGACCGACUUGGAAAUAUUCAUGGAAAAAGAGGAAAAGAAAUUCCGGAACCAAUCGCCCCAGUGGUUUUCCAGGCUGGCCCAUGUCCUGUGGCUUUAUGAUUACAAGGCUCCGAACCGAUUGGCCACCCUCAAGAUAAUACCGCUAAGUAAUGGCGAGUGGACGUCACGCGUUGAAAGCAAAGACAAGCUCUUUUACCUUCCAACGAACGAUACAACACUUGUUCCGAAGGGCACAGAGGUGCUUUUCGUUGGCCCAAAAGCUGAGAACGAUUCCGAGCGAAGCAGGCUGUUCACAUCUCUAGGUGCCAAACCCUUUUCUCUAACUGAAAUAUCCUCUUUCGUUGUGCGUUUGCACACCAUGUCUUCUGUUAUGAUUCAACAGAGUGACUUGGUGGAUCACCUGGUCUUUCUAUUUUCGGCUGGAUGGAGCAACCUUGAUGAUGUAGAUCUCUGGGUCGCAACAGGGUCUGGGUAUCGUCGUGCGUCAGAGGUCUAUCUUCGUCCCUUCGCGCCGAAUGGUCGGAAGUUUGCCUUCCCAGUUCUACAUCAGGAUUACUGGCUUGCUACAGCGGGGCGUGAACUCCAAUGGACGCACUGGUUGAAAGAUCAGCUACGAAUCUGCGAGUUCCCGCGUCUAGUCCGGAUGAUGGGCGACGGAUUUGAACUGUCAGAGGAUAUGAAACGCAUCAUUGAAGGCCUACCCUCCGGGCAGUUCCUACAGCUCUUAAGGGAUCAUUGGCAAACGUAUUCGGAAUGGCUCGGAUCAGACGAAGACUUGAAUUACACGCAGGACUGGAUACUGUCCAAGAAGGCUCUACGCCAGUGUUUAAUGUCCACCGAAGUGGAUUGUAUCAACGGGAGUCGUUAUUCUCUCAAGGACACAAUUUUUCCCGCGGGAGACCUGAGUGGAGUGGAAGGCAGUGAUGCGCUUCCAUUGCUGGAUAUUCCAAACUCUUCAAACCCUUCUUGGUCAUUCCUGGAACAGCUUGGCGUUACGAUGAAAUGUGAUGUAAAUCACUAUCUCCAAUGCCUGAGGACGAUAAAACAGAAGGGACAGCCAGAGAGGUAUUUGCAGCUGUACGGCAAAAUCCAGGAGACCAUCGACACAGAUCUUCCCUCCACCAAAGAAGCUUUUAUGCAAGACAGUCUCAUCUAUAUCCCCCCUCGCAAUGGGCGUCCCUAUCAUUGGGCAGCCGUCAAGGAUUGCGUAUGGAAGGGUCAGGACUCUUUGAGGAGGAUUCACAGUCUUGACUAUAUUUACCCAGGUUAUGCGAGGCUCUUCUCUCAGGUUCUGGACAUCAAAAAUGCAGGCUUGGACACUUUCGUCGCCGAAGCAAGACGCAUUACUUCCGACGACCAGCCUGAUUAUAUAUUCCGACUUCUUCAAAUGAUCAACACGCUCCUGGUGCUUGAUGACUCGGCAGAAGCACUAGAUUCGGUUCGAUCUCUUCGGGGCUGUGCCAUCUUCCCUGUGAAGCAGAAGGGAUCCGAGAAACUAACCUUUCUAUCACUGAUGGAUGAAUGGUUCGUGGCAGAUAACCAACGUCUCACCCGCAAACUGAGCGGCAAAAUCCCCUUACUUGCGUUGCCAGGACGAGGAAUACAGAGGCUAGAGAAACUAGUUCGGACCCUUGAAAUCGAUCAGCAUUUUCUCUCUCGCAAUGCGCGGCGAAAGGUCGAAAUCACGGGAAACCCUUGGUUCUGUAAAGAUCAUACAGACACCCUGAGCGCAAAAGCGAGGUUCAUUGCUUGUUUGAUCCCAGAUCGUCAAAGGUGGUUAUGGAAAAGGGUGAGGGAGAUGAAGGUCUAUGGCGUGGAUGAAAUAGCAACAGAAUUGAUUGUGACAGUGUCCGGAAGCGAUUUAACCAUUGAAUCUAGUCAGAGUCGUGCAGUGAUAACCGUCAACAAGGAUGAUUCUCUGCGCGUAUACCUAACAAACCGAGAUAUAGAGGAGCCUUUUUUCAGUCCAGAGCUCUUUGAACAGUUGUCAGAACAGCUGUUAAUAUUCCUUGGGAUACCGGAAGCUGAAAAGAUGCGACUGUGGGUCAUUCUGGUGUACAGCGACCCAAGGAAAAUCAAAGACUACUUGGAUGGACACGAUGUCCACCUUGUAGAUAUUCAAGAACUGGAAAGCUAUGAUCAGGAUACACCGGGAGCAUCACUUCCCACACAUCGUCUCUUUCCGCGAACACCUGAGCGGUCCAAGGAAGUCACUUCAGCAUUCGAGGGUAUCGCGGACAGGACGAAGGCAAGUCGAAAGCCCAUGACAUCCGGGAAGCGCCACAGCACAUCUCCGGCCCAAGACCGUUCGAAGUCAACUUCAACAUCCAGUCCAUCCAAGUCAAGUCCUUAUGGAGGAAAUGUCUCAACGCCAGCUGAGUUGGCGCAGAAGGAAAUCACUGGUCCUCAAAAGGAAACUGCGAAGCUGCAAGGGAGUCUAUCGAGAAUUGGUAACAAAGACAUAGAUGAUUCUCAAGUCAGGCCAAUGCCGGAUGACACUGAAAAGGAGUUCUACAUUGCCUCCGCAAAGGAGGAUUUUUCUGCUGUCCGUCCACUAGUUGAAGCUUCUCCAAAGCUGGACUAUUUGUUACCACUAAACGAAAUUGCGCAAGGCAUCUCGAGCAUGAAAAAGCAGGAACGGCGAGAAGAGACUGUCGAAUACACCGCUGGACAAGAACUUCGAAGCCACACUGAAACCCUGUUCUGGCCACAGGAUCCUGUAUCCCUUGCUCCAGCACAUCUUCUCGAGCAAGUGUCACCAGAAUCAAUUGUUCGAGCAGCUUCGGUUGCAGUAAGAGCCAAAGGAAGAAAACAGGGAUCAGAUAAACUUCUGGUGUUGAAUCGGGUUCUGGAGAGAAGCAAGGGGCUUCGAUUGACUGGACUGAACGACAUCAUAUAUCUACCUACUCCAGAGGAACUUCCCCAGGUCGACUCCGGAACGGGAAAUCUUCGCGGCGUACGAAGUCUCCCUGCACGGCUACAGAUUACGAAGAAUGGAGAACGUGUCCUUUACAUUGCGCUUGAACCUGGCAAUAGUAUUGACCCUGAGCCGAUGUUGUUGGGAGAAGUAAAGAUCUCUCGACUGCUCGAAGACGUUCUGGGUGAUGCAUAUCAGCCAGAUCGGCAUUGGACGAGCACCAUGCGAAGGCAGUUGAACCAUACUCCUUUCGAAAAUUCUAUCGAAGAGACCACAACCUUCACAGUCGAUGGUGACACAAGGCCAUUGACGGAACUACUUAUUCGAAGUUCAUACAAGGCCGCUGAAGCGUGGAGGGACCACCGGCCGGUUUAUCACAUCGAGGUUCAAACCAGUGCUGGAGGCCUUCACUCGAAGUUUACCAUGAGCUCGGCCAAGGUUGACCUAGCCCGAAAACACAAAAUAUCAAAAUUACCUCCAGAUGAUGUCUUUGUUCUAAUCAGAAUUCACGACAUUAAUGUGAUUCCCGGCAUUUCAUUUUUCGUCGACCCAUGGAGACUGUACAGCGCUGGUCGCAUUGAUUUUCAUGUGACAAGUUCAUACACGGCCAACAUCGAGAGAGCCCGGCCCCAUAUAUUGUUUACAGGACAAGCAGGAGGGGCGGAUAGGGACAUUCUAUUGACUCUUCAGGCAAGUGGCUAUACUCAACCCACAGAAAAUCCCUUGUACAGGUGGAAGCCCCUCAAGCAUGAAAGGUUUAUACGGCUCCUUCGGCUCUCCGCAGGACAUGGAAAUCAGGAACUCAGCGGAACGCUUCAACACGUAUCAUUGGACGACAGUCCGAAAUACUUGGCCAUAUCGUACGCAUGGGGCAGCAAGCUGCAACAGUUCACGUUGAAAACUAAGGAAGGGGGUAUCCCGUUGACCUUAUCUUUGUACCUUGGUCUUCGGCAGAUCCGAAGAACCGACCGAUCGAUUGAUAUCUGGGCAGAUGCGAUAAGCAUCAAUCAGAACGAUAACGAUGAGAAAGAACGUCAGGUGCGUCUGAUGCAGGAUAUCUUCAGAUCGGCGGUUCAUGUGUAUGCAUGGUUGGGACAGGGAGAUUCCGAGAGCAGUCUAGCCAUGGAAGCCUUACGCAAGAUCUCCGCGAGCUUUGACGCAGAGGAGGAGGGCUCUCAGUCACUGGGGUCAGAUGAGAUUCCGCCGGUGGAAGACUCGUCGUGGGUGGCAAUCAGCAAACUCUUUAGAAGAAAAUGGUUUCGCCGGGUGUGGAUUGUUCAAGAGGUCAUUCUUGCCUCCCAAUUGACUCUGGUCUGCGGCGACGACCGGAUUCCGUGGAGGCAGUUCUAUGAGGCCGCCAAAUACUGUGAUGACCAAGCUUCCGACUCGCAACUUUCGGUCGUCUUUCCCAAAAAUGGCCAUCAAACCGCCAUCGUAAGUCUGGGAGAAUUCAAGACCUCGUACGAGGAGGGAGGCCCCGAGGCCCGACAAGACUUGCACACCCUUCUCCGGGUGUUCAAGCUGACUGAAUCGACUAGUAGACGCGAUAAGCUCUUCGCGCUGCUGAGUCUGGCCAAAGAUGGAACCACCAAGGGCUUCAGUCCGGACUACAAGUCUCGUUUCAAAGAUGUCGUCUUGCAGUACGCCAAAGUAUUCGUGGAGGAGCAAGGUCGGGGCAUAGACCUUUUGUACCAAGCGAGGCUUUCAGCCACUCCUGGAAAAUCCAGUCUCCCGUCGUGGAUCCCGAGCUGGGCGUCGCCAACAGCAUAUCCAGAGACGAUGUCAAACUGGACCGGCGCCGGUCACUUUCGCGCGGGGACAGACAAGACUGCUGAAAUGCAGAUAUCCGAAGACAUCUUAUCUGUUCGAGGUCAAGUUGUCGACUCGGUCGCCAAGAUUGGAAAGUGGACGAGCACGACCGAUAUGAGACGUUACCUUGGCGAAAUAUUUGCUUUCAUCGAUGAUCUGCGCGUCGACACGGCCGAAGAGCGUCAAAAUCUCAAGUGGAAAGUGCCGAUUGGAGCCGCGACCAAGCCCACCAAGGGCGACUGGGGCGACGACGCCGGGCGCGCAUCCUUUCGAGCCAUGGCCGACUAUCUGGAGUUUGAAGAAGGCCAAGACGACAGCUGGAAACGGGAGCAGCGCAAGAUCCGCGUCAACGCCACCAACCCGCUCCCGUUGCGCCAGCUCGAGAUCCUGCUGCAACAGCUGUGGCCGUAUUUGAAUACCGCCAUGGAUUUUGCCGAGAUCCUCUCGCCCGCCGUGGCCUGCACCACUCGGGGGCAGCGAGUGGGCAUUGUUCCCCGGACCGCUCACGAGGAAGACGUCGUUGCCGUCUUCCACGGCUGUGCGGUGCCCUUUCUGCUUCGCAAGCGCGACGACGGCCACAAUCGCCACUACCAGGUGGUUGGCGAGUGCUACGUCCAUGGCAUCAUGCACGGCGAAGCACUCUCUGCGCAUUCGCCAGAGGAGCAUGUCAUGUUGGUCUAA